GCUGCAAGUUCAGAUAGUAGGUCCUCCCGACAUCGCCGACCACCGCCGCCGGCCUCCCCGCUUUCUUCGGCUGCCAGCGUGAAGGCGCGCGCCUCGCCCGUCGCGGCUCCUCUCCGGCGGUUGCCAGCGUUCCCCGCCCUCCCGCAGCAGCUAUAGAGUUCCUGCCCCAACCGCCUCUCUCUCUCUGAAGCGCUCUAGUCCGGCCGCCGGCCGCCGGCCUCCACUGCCCCGGCAAGGUUGACACGGUUAGGUGCAACUCCAAGAACACGUUUCUUGUAGCGUCAGGUGAUGGCAAACAGCGAGUAUGAGUAUGUGAAGAGGGAGUUCGAGUUCGACCGCCGCCUCCCGGCCUCCAACUGGAUCGUUGUCCGCAUCGAUGGCUGCCAUUUCCACCGAUUCUCGAAGAUACAUGCCUUUGAGAAACCAAAUGAUGAGAAUGCUUUAAGAUUGAUGAAUGCUUGUGCCACCUCUAUGCUCGAGAAGUUCCCUGAUAUAGUGUUUGCUUAUGGUGUUAGCGAUGAGUACAGUUUUGUUUUCAGAGAGGAAACAGAAUUCUAUCAAAGGCGAGAAAGCAAAAUUCUGUCUAUAUGUGUUUCUUACUUCACAUCUGUGUACGGGAUGAAGUGGAAAGAUUUCUUUCCUAAUAAAGAUUUGAGGGAGCCUCCCUAUUUUGAUGGGCGAGUUGUAUGCUAUCCAAAUAUGAAAACCAUUCAUGAUUAUUUGGCAUGGAGGCAAGUGGACUGUCAUAUAAAUAAUCAUUAUAAUACAUGCUUCUGGAUGUUGGUGAAGUCUGGAAAAACUGAAAAAGAGGCACAACAGACAUUGAAGGGAACAUUUUCUGAGGACAAGAAUGAGUUGCUUUCUCAACAGUUCCAAGUCAACUAUGAGGAUGAACCGGCUAUGUUCCGGAAAGGAUCAAGUGUUUAUCGAGAUAAGGUAGAAACAAAGGUGAAAACAGAUGACUACGGGAAUCCAAUAAAAAGAAUCCGGCUGGCAAUUACAGUGUCAAAUUUAGAUAUCAUAGGACCUGAGUUUUGGGGAAAACAUCAAUACAUUCUUCAAGAAGGAAAAUAUAGAUAUGAGUAUGUGAAGAAGUUCGACGACAUCCGCAGGCUUCCAUGUUGUAAUUGGAUCGUUGUUCGUAUCAGCGCCUGCCAAUUCGACAAAUUCUCGCUGAUCCAUUCAUUUGACAAGCCAAAUGAUGAGACCGCUUUAAGUUUGAUGAACGCUUCUGCUUCUUUGAUGAUGGAGCAAUUCCCUGAUAUUAUCUUUGGUUAUGGUUUUAGCAACGAGUACAGCUUUGUGUUCCAGGAGAACACUGAAUUGUACCAGAGAAAUGAGAGAUUAAUCCUUUCUUCAUGUUCAUCAUGGUUCACUUCCUUUUACAUGAUGAAGUGGAAAGAAUAUUUCCCCAGUAAAGAAUUAGUGCAGCCACCUAAAUUUGAAGCAGAAGUUCUCUGUUACCCAAAACCAAAGAUCGUUUGUGAUUAUUUGUCCUGGAGGCAAGCAGAAUGUCACAACAGGAACCAAUACAAUACAUGCUUUUGGAUGUUAGUGAAAUCUGGAGAAGAUGAAAACAAAGCUAAUGAGAUACUAAAGGGAACAUUAUCAAAGGAUAAGAACGAGUUGCUUUUUCAGCGAUUUCAAAUGAACUACAACAAUGAACCCGCUAUGUUCCGAAAGGGUUCAUGUACUUACCGUCAAAAGGUGAAAGUGAGCGAAGACGUCGUGAGAGAUGGGUGGGAUGUGGCAGUGACCCACGUUGACAUGGGGCCUGACUUUUGGAGAAAGCAUAUUUAUAUUUUCGACAAAUGAUGAUAUUCGUACUUAUUCUAGGCCGAUUUGUAGCUCUCAUCCUCCUCCAGAAUUUUAUCUAGAAACAUCACGGUUUAGUGGAUUGUGUUUAGAGGAAUCAACGGGGGGAGAGAGUCCCCAGCUUACCUACCGGUUUUACAAGUACUAUGUACCCUGAACACCUCCAUAACUAACGGUUUUAUAAUACUCAAGCAGUCAAGCUUGAUCCAAAUGGUCAAGGAUGGUUUCUUACAA